AUGGGUACUUGGAUCGGACAUGUUUCAGCUGGUAUGUUUUUUAUUUUAUUUGCUAUAUGGUGGCAUAUAAAUAAUUGUAUACGUUAUUUAAAAUCAUUAACUAAUGAAACCAAUGAAAAACAACAAGUUAAAUUUCGAGGUUCAACAACAUAUUCAUGUAAUUGUUUGCCAAGUAAAAUUCUUCGUCAAUUACCAAUAGAAAGCAUGCUCAAAAUUCUUAUAACAUCAAUACAUUUCUCACUUGAAAUUAGUACUGGCUAUCGAAAAGAUCCAAUGCCUCAUAUAGAAGAAGAAAAUGCUCAUCAUACAGCAAUGUUAUUUGGUUUUUUUCUUGGUUCAUGGAUUGAAAUACUCGUUCAUUUAAAAGUUCCAUUACCAAAACGUACAACACAAGUCAUGGGUUUUUUAGCAUUUGCUAUUGAAAGUGUCAUGAUGGUAUUUCAUUUACAUGCUCGAAAUGUAAUGGAUGCUCAUAUACAUAAAUUACUUGGUUUAACAAUGAUGUGUUCAAUGAUUAGUGCUUUAGGUGAAUGUUUUAAUCCAAAUAAUUUCUGGUUAAUUAUUACACGAAUUUUUUUUGCAUUAACACAAGGUACAUGGUUUAUUCAAGCGGCUUAUGUUUUAUGGCCACAAACAAAUAAUCCAAUAUUUAUCUGGGAUCCUCAAUCUCAUCGAUCAUUAUCAUUAUUAACAAUGUCAUAUGCAUAUCAUUUAGCUGGUAAUGCUUUUCUAUUGAUUAUUAGUUAUUUAUUAGUUUAUAUGUCAACAUCCUCUCGUCGAAAAUUAAUUCAUUAUGAAAUUGAUGAUGAUGAAAUAAUGUCGGAUUAUAAAUUAAUAUCAAAUAUCAACGAUGAAGACAAUUGUAUUUAG